GCUAGAGGCAUGUCUCGCUGGCUGUGUGUUGACUGUCGCUUGAUAUUUUCAACAUUGUGGUAUUUAACAGUGCCGACAGCUUCAUCCCUUCUAAAAAUACAACGGGAGUUUGUAAAGACUACCCCUCAUCGUACGGAGUGGUUUAGAGGCUACAUUUUGCUAUCAGAAUGCAAAUCAAGGAAUGUAUCGUGUCUGCACCAGGGAAAGCUAUCCUCCACGGAGAACACGCUGUCGUGCAUGGCAAGGUGGCUCUGGCUGUAAGUUUGAACCUGCGCACAUACCUACGGUUGCAGGCCACAUCCACCAGUAAAGUCUGCAUCAAUCUCCCCAACAUCAACACUUUCCUCAGCUGGGAUGUGACCGCGUUGAAGCAGCUUCUCCCUGACUCUGGAGCUGAGCUGGGGAAUGUGAAUGAGCUUGAUGCAGAGCUUGUCAGGAUGCUGCGAAACUUUGUUGGUGUAUCAAAUGGAACCUUGGAUACUCGCAGCAUGGCCAUCCUAGCCUUCCUCUACAUCUACCUCUGUGUCUUUGCCAAGUCAGGGGAGUUGCCCAGCCUGACGGUGUCUGUGUGGUCAGAGUUGCCAACUGGAGCGGGUCUGGGGUCCAGCGCUGCCUACUCUGUGUGCCUGGCUGCAGCCAUGCUUUGUGCCAGUGGGACCAUCCCUUCUCCACUGAGUGACCAGGAAAACACAGCCAGGUGGGGUGAGGUGGAGAUGGAGCUAAUAAACAGGUGGGCGUUUCAGGGAGAGAGGAUCAUCCAUGGGAACCCAUCAGGGGUGGACAACGCUGUGGGGAUAUGGGGUGGCAUAUUGAGAUACCGUUCUGGGAAGAUAACAGCCUUAAGCAGGGUCCCAAUGUUAAGGAUCCUACUCACGAACACCAAGGUCCCUCGCAGCACCAAGGUACUUGUUGCUGGAGUGAAGGACAGAAUGAACAAGUUUCCCUCUAUUAUAAACCCUGUACUGGAGUCUGUGGAUGCAGUCUCCUGCACCUGUGAGCAGACCUUAACAGAGAUGUCCAGCGACACCCCCACACCAGAGCACUACAAUGUCCUGGAGGAGCUUAUUGACAUCAACCAGCACCACCUGAAUGUGAUUGGUGUCGGACACCCUUCCCUGGACACCCUGUGCCGUGUCACCCUGGCCAGAGGGCUACACAGCAAGCUGACUGGUGCCGGAGGAGGGGGUUGUGGCAUCACCUUGCUUAGACCAGAAACGGAGUGCUCGGUGGUCCAGAACACGAUCCAGGACUUGAGAGACUGUGGAUAUGACUGCUGGGAGACCCGUAUCGGUGCAGCAGGCGUGCAGCAGCACUCUCCCCUCGCUGUGAAAGAGGAGGUCCUGGAGGUUUUGGCGCGCUACUGAGACCCACUGGCCAUGGGUGUGCCCAAUGCCCUCCCUACAGGGUAGCGGGGAGCUUUGCUCCAUGACUCUGGCCUACCAAGUCUUCUAUUGUUAAGGAAUGACAGCGAACAAUAGACUUGGCUACAGUAUGGGUUGACGCAUAAAUGUUAAUAGCAUUUGUCUAUUAGACUACCAACAGUCAAGACAGACUGUGUCAGGGGAGGACAAUAACUCAUCACUUAUUUUUUUCUAACUCUGAAAUCAUGCCAUUUCAUGGGGUCAUGAAACUUAUAUUGUAGGGGAACUAGGCAGGUGAUCACACGUCACUUUGAAAUGUGGUUUUCUAGUUUUCAGUAUUGGAGUAUGAGCCUUCCCUGGCCUGAAAUGAAUGUUAACAGAUGUGGGUUUGAACUGUUUUUCUAGGUUUAGCAUCAGCUUUUCAUUAGAUUUCUAAUGCGGAUGCUGCAGAAAAGCAAGAAACACUGUGGUCAGCAGUGUGUCUAGCCGCUGGUUUUGGCAGGGACAACUAGUAUUCAAAAACGAACCCACUGGGGGGGGAAAAAAAAGAUGGAUGACCAACCUUGACUUUAGUGCUUAUUUGUUUUCAACUCAAGAUUUGUCCAUUUUGUCCUUUUUCAGUGUGCGGUUUUUAGUCUUGUUUUUGAAUAUCAGUACCUUCAUUGAAGUCUUGUUAAGUUCAAAAGAGGGUGCAGUGAUCUGUUUGUCCAAUAGAUGGCAGCAAAAUGUAAGAAUUCAAUAACCUCAACAGGGACUGAGCGAGUCAGAGCGAUAGAUUGUCAUUCAGUGUUUGCUUCAGGUGUCAAUACAAUGCCAUGGCUGAUGCACUAUUUGUAAAACUAACCUUUUAAAACUGUAAACCUUCUAUUUCUAUGUGUCACAUAAGUGGUGUGUGGAUCUCUUUUUAAAGGAGCUAUUGCACACUUGGACACCAUCCAAGACUAGUUAUGGUGAAUUCAUUGACUAAAAAUAGAAAAUGGAUUUUUAAGAUAAACCACUUCCUCAAGAAGCAUAGCAGGGUAAUUGUUUUCUCAAGGUCCAAAGCAAAAAUUGUAUUUCUCCAUACUUUUUUUGUGGUGAGACCAUGUUUUUUUGAAGACAGCCCCUCAAGCUCUUCUUUCCAAGAGCUGAGUAUGAAAUUGAAAAUGACAGCCAUUAUCUGAUUUCUUUGGUCAUCAAAUAUGUCUGAUGCAUCAUGCCGCAGACCAAGAAAUGCAAGGCCUUUAAAAAUAACUAUUGGUAGGUAGGCUAGGCUACAUCUCUGCCUUUCACAUUGGUUUUCACGUUUGUUAUUUAUAUUAACCAUGAUAUGCUAGAGCAUGUAUAAGGGGUAAAAAAAGCUAAUCUUGAAUCAAUGUAUUUCAGUACAUAUCAGAGGAGGCUGGUUGGAGGACCUAAAGGAGGAUAGGCUCAUUGUAAUGAAUGGAGUCAAACGUGGUUUCCAUGUGUUUGAUGCUGUUCCAUUAAUUCCAUUCCAGCCAUUAUAAUGAUCCUGUCCUCCUAUAGCUCCUUCCAUCAGCCUCCUCUGGUACAUAUGCAUCCCAUAUUUCUAUUGAUUUAUUUUCAAAAUGAUGAAAAGCAUUUGUUUUUGAUCAGUGUUAAUGUUGCGUGAGAAAGGUGGUGUAGCACAUGAGAAAAGGGAGGCUGGCUCCCAGUGAGCCUGGAUUAAUGUCCUCUAAUGUGGAUCAACAGCUCGUGGCGUGCAGUGACUCACGCUUACUUUUGUGCUGACACACACGCAUCUUCAAAUUAUGUUUUACUUAACUGCUCAUCCUCUAAGCAUAACAGAAAUUUCUGCCUAUGCUGCAUUCAUAUAAGAUAUGGAUUAGCCUAAUUUAGGAAACUUCUCAUUUCGGGAAAAGGUCAGUUGGGGAUAUCUGAGUCUUCAAUCUCCAUUUUUAUUUAAUUUUAAAUGUCAUGAAGAUUGAGUAGUGUGGACCUGGCAGUGUGUAUGAAUGAACGGCGUUUGUCACAUGCCCCCUCCAUCCCUUUCCUCCUGUCACCCCUCUCGUCCCCCUGAAUUGUGUCAUCUUUAUGUCAGUGCUGCCCCCGUCACUGCUCUGCACAGUCGCCCCUAACCCCCGCUGCAAUUUAAUUACCACUGCACUUUUCAAUUGAAAUGGCAUUGACGAGGGGGGACAAGAGGGAGACAGCAGCCCAGCCGUGCCCGUUUCAUUUUAAGCUCCUCUUUCUUCUCUCUACUCUCUCUCUCCUUUUACCCCUGCGAGGCACAAUGUUUUUUUUUAUCAAUGUCAAUGCCAGCUUCUUUUUGCUCUGAUGAAUAGAUUCUAAGAAGGCCCUGACAUUAUUUCAGAUAACAGAAGGAGCAAUGAAAGGGGGUCAAGGAUAGAGGGAGAAUGACAGCACUGGAGAUGACAUGAAAACACUAGAAAAGCCUUCAAAGAGAGAAUGUGUACAUUAUAUAUUUUUGUGUGUUUUUUUUCACAAAGUGUGCAGUGUUUGAAUCAUUAUGGGAGAAUAAUAAGGGAUGCAGAAAUCGUACUGCUCAAGCAAGAGUAACGCAAUGGUUAAUUUUGCUAUGGAAAUGUUGUGAUCAUGAUCACUAUGGCACCACCAUCCCUCUGGUCUCAAUGAGCUGGUGAAAUGUUGUCAUGACCUAUUCACUUUCAACACACAAUUGGAACUGGCUGACAAUAGAUCACUUUGUUCUUGGCCAUGACUGUUUGCCUAUGCAUGUUUUUCCUUGCAGGUCAUUAUAUCGGUAUCUGUCAGUUGGAGAUUUUGAGUACAGUAUGUGGUCAUUAACAUUUAGUAGUUUCUUAGGAUCCCCAUUAGCUGUUGCCAGGCAGCAGUGUGUGCGUGCAUGUCCAUACUCUCCCAGCCUCCAGGCACAGACAGACGGCUGACAGACAUCAGCCUCUGAAAGCCCUCGUGGGUCUAGCCUCCGACCCCACCCCCCACCCACCCACUCAUUAGGGCUCUGUGACCCUCCUGUGGGGAGGUUGCCCUUUUGGGGAAGUGACGGGGCGGAGGGGGCCAGGGGCAACUGGCUGUGGUGAAAGCAGGGAUCUGCUGACCCUAUUAAAGCCAGUGGGGGUGUGGCGGAAUCUGUGACAGAAUUCCCAAGAGUCCCCACGCUUCAUUUGAAGAGGACUGAAACAUUGGUGCCACUUUGGAAAAACAAUGGGUCACUUGUGACUCACGUGAGCACUAACAUAACUAGACAGAGUUACCAGAACUACAUAAACAUAGAGCGCGUUGACCAGCACAUGACUAGUGUCCACUCCACAUACCAUACUCAUGUAAUUACAUUGAUCAAGUAACUGGUUGUGUGAAGUAGUGGAAGAAACCUGCGCAGUAGUAUGUCAUCCCCUUAGUGCCGGCAGCUCUUGUUUUAAUUGCAGGCUAAGGUUUCGCUUUUUGUUGUUGCCUUUGAAGAGCCUUAUUGAUUUUUAUACCACCCCUCAUCCCUGCUCUGCUCGGGUAAAGAGCAAAUCCCUUAUGGCAAAGUUACCAGGAAUGUAAAAGCAUAAAAUUGUCAGCUAUUUUAUUUUUUCACACAAGACUGAUGUGCAAUCGAGACGUUUUGACAUUGAAGUUUUAAAAAUUGGGCUCCUCUGCUUUUUAAAAAGAGUGAGUAAAUAUUGAGGCUGUAUUUUAUUCCUGUGGUCUGUCUCGUAGACGGGUCAGCUCCAGGGCUAGCUCAUCACCAACUCUGUUAAAAAAUAUUUCUAUUUUCUACUGAAUGAGUCAAAUGCACCCCAACUCUAAAGCAGCUAUGCUCCUGUUAUGGUUAAAUGAACUGACCCUGUCAAAAAUCCCCACCAAAACUAUGGCAAUAAUGAUUUCUCAGGUUGUGUAGUUGUCUUCUGUGGAAUUAAUGCUAUCUACUGUGGCAUUUGGGUGAAUAUGCUAGUAAAUAAUAUUGAAGUGUUUUCUCUUGAUGUCUCUCGGUUAUGAAGCUUCAAUCAGAAUUCUGUACAAUUCCUUGCAUCUAUUGUAAAUCUAGCGACGCAAACAUUGAUGCCAAAUCUUUAAUCAUGCUACCACCCGCGUUAAGAACCUGGCAUAGAACUCAAUGCAAUUACACUUGGCUUUCUAAAGAACACAAAUAUCCAAGCAGAAAUUUGAUAAGCUGGCUAUUAUUAAAUGAAUGCUAAUCUAACUUGCAUACUUUGAACUGCCUUUUGAAUAGAAAAUACACUCAUCAUUGUACUUGGGAUACCUGCCAAUUUAAUUUAAUCCUGCUGUGUGUCGCCGAGGUUUUGAGAGGAUGAAGAUCUUCCUAUUUAAUCACGUGUCAUCAAAGUGUGAUUGACGGCCUAUUAAAACUCAGUCAACCGCUCAUACUAAAAGAUUCAGCAUUAAAGUGAAUAAAUCAAGGUGAACAACGGGAUUCAUAGAAUGGGGGGAAACACAUUCAUCCCUAUUAGGAGUUCUGUGAUUAUAUCCCGUUGGUCUGCCACCCCCCCCCCCAAAAAAAACCUCUCUGGGGUAUCUGUACUUUACUAUUUAUAUAUUUGCCAACUUUUACUUCACUACAUUCCUAAAGAAAAUGAUGUACUUUUUACUCCAUGCAUUUUCCCUGACACCCAAAAGUACAUGUUACAUUUUGACAGGAAAAUGGUCCAAUUCACACUUAUCAAGAAAAUAUCCCUGGUGAACCCUAAUGCCUCUGCUCUGGCGGUCUCACCAAACACAUGCGUCGUUUGUAAAUUAUGUUGGAGUGUGCCCCCUGACUACCUGUCAAUUUAAAAAAUUUAAAUAAUUGUGCAGUCUGGUUUGCUUAAUAUACAGAAUUUGAAAAUGGUUUAUACUUUUACUUUUGAUACUUAAAUACAUUUUAGCAAUUCCAUUUUACUUUUGAUACUUAAGUACAUUUAAAACCAAAUACUUUUAGACUUUUACUCAAGUAGUAUUUUACUGGUUGACUUACCUUACUUUUACUUGAGUCAUUUUUUUUGUAUCUUUACUUAUACAGCAAGUAUGACAAUUGAGUACUUUUUCCACCACUGCUGUUUAGACCACUCCACUCAUGUAAUUACUAUGGGACAGGUAGGAGUGUUCAUAUUUCAUCCGCUGCAUUCACGAUAAUAUCUAAUAAUCUGAAAGCGUUGCAAAAUUGGUAUCUCUUCUUGCUCAUGCAUUAUGAAUGAGUCACUGUUUUGCAUAGAUUAGCAAUCACAGAAACCUUUCAUAUCAAAAUGUGCCAGGAGGGUUCUAUCGCUCUCUUUUUUUUAAAGACGUGAGGUGAUACAUCCCUCCGCUUUUUAAGAUAUGACAGAUCAGGUGAUACUGUCUCUUCCCCCAUUUCUCUUCUAUUCUCCCUCUUGCUCUCUGAUUUAUUUCUCCAUGCAUAUCAUCAUCAUCAUAGGGGGAAUAUAUGUCAUUUUCAACCUGCUUUUAAAUUGAUUGCUCACUUGCUGAGUAUUUUUGCAUCUGCA